AUGAAAACCAUAGUCCACAAGUCGAUGAUCGCCGGAGUUCAGAGCGUCAUGCCGGUGGAAGUGACGCAACAACGUGAAGUCCGUUCUAUAUCCGUAAAAGAUCCCGUCGGAGCGGGAAUAUUCCGGCGAACACUAAACAUAGUUACGUACUACAAGCAAUCCGGUGAUAGUGGUGAGAGAGGAUGGUUAGUCGCCGGUUGGAUAAAAGAGUCGUUAGGGAGAGCCUUGACCGAGCAGCCGAUGCUUUGUGGUAGACUACGGUGGAGGAGAAAGACGAUGGGAGAGGAAGAUGGUCUAGAGGUGGUGGCCAAUGACAGUGGCGUUAGGCUUGUGGAGGCUAGGUUUCCGGCAAGUUUGCCGGAGUUUUUUGAAGUGGUGAAGAGAGACAAAAACAGAGCUGAAGCAGAGACUGUCUUCUGGAGAGACAUUGAUGAAGUUGAUCCUCAAUUCUCUCCGUUGUUCUAUGUUCAGGUGACUAAUUUUGAGAGUGGUGGAUACUCAAUUGGGAUAAGCUGCAGCAUCCUAAUAGCUGAUAUCCUCCUAGAGACAGAUUUCUUGACCAAAUGGGCUAAAAUCCAAAGCUCUUUAGCUAGUUCCCACACAACACACAAACCAAUCUUCUACCUCUCACCAGUCAAAAGAGAUAAAUUCAUCAAUGAACUUCCUAGGCCAGUCUCGGUUCUUGACCGUGGUGAAUCCCUUGUUAUCCAGACCAAAACAUGCUCGAAAACGCCACUAACAUGCAUGAAAAAAUCUAUUAAAGCGACUGAGGAUGUAUUCUUGUUCUGCAAGGAACAAAGCAGUGGUGAAAAUAGUAGUACUGAACGUAAGGUAGAGAUACAUUCGAGAGAUGAAGCGAUUGGCGACUGCGGUUGUGGUGGAGAUUUGGAAGAGACAGAUGUUGGAGAAUUACUUGAUGUGAGUUUAGGGUUCGAGGACAAGUUUGAAUUCAAUUCAUGUUGGGUUGGGUCUGUGGCAAAAGGGAUUGUGCUUAUAGUCCCAUCUACUUUGGGAGAUACCAUGUCGCCUUUCAAAUGUAUUGUUGCAACGCCGAAAAAUGCGACUCAUUAAUAUCCGUGGCAUUAUUACUUAAAUUUUAGUGUAUGUUUUCUAUGGUUAAAUAAACUGUUG